GCAGCUUUCUCCCACCAUGCCAGCCUGCUGCAGCUGGAAUGAUGCUUUCCAGUAUGAGACAAACAAAGUCACCCGGAUCCACAGCAUGAAUUAUGGCACCAUUAAGUGGAUCCUGCAUAUGUUUGUCUUCUCCUACGUUAGCUUUGCUCUGGUGAGUGACAAGCUGUACCAACAGAAGGAGCCUCUGAUCAGCUCCGUGCACACCAAGGUGAAGGGGAUAGCCAAGGUGAUGCAAGAAACUGUGGAGAACGCAGAGAAGAAGGUGGCGUGGAAGGUCUUGGACACUGCAGAUUACACAUUCCCUUUGCAGGGAAACUCCUUCUUUGUGAUGACAAACUUUCUCAAGACAGAAGACCAAGUUCAGGGGGUCUGUCCUGAGUACCCCACUCCCAGGACACUCUGUUCCACUGACCGGGGCUGUAAGAAGGGAUGGAUGGACCCGCAAAGCAAAGGGGUCCAGACUGGAAGGUGUGUACAGUAUAAAGGGAACCAGAAGACCUGUGAAGUCUCCGCCUGGUGCCCCAUCGAGGCAGUGGAAGAAGCGCCCCGGCCUGCCCUCCUGAACAGUGCCGAGAACUUCACUGUGCUCAUCAAAAAUAACAUCGACUUCCCUGGCCACAAUUACACCACGAGAAACAUCUUACCAGGUUUCAACAUCUCUUGCACCUUUCACAAGAUGCAGAAUCCACAGUGUCCCAUUUUCCGACUAGGAGAUAUCUUCCAAGAAACAGGAGAGAAUUUUACAGACGUGGCAAUUAAGGGAGGAAUCAUGGGUAUUGAGAUAUAUUGGGACUGCAACCUGGACAAGUGGUUCCAUCACUGCCGACCAAAGUACAGUUUCCGUCGCCUUGACGACAAAAGCACCAAGGAGUCCCUGUAUCCGGGCUACAACUUCAGAUACGCCAAGUAUUAUAAGGAAUCAAACAUUGAAAAGCGGACUCUGCUGAAAGUCUUUGGGAUUCGCUUUGACAUCCUGGUGUUUGGCACGGGAGGAAAAUUUGACAUUAUCCAGUUGGUUGUAUACAUUGGCUCAACCCUCUCUUACUUUGGUUUGGCCACCUUCUUCAUCGAUUUUCUCAUCAACACGUAUGCCAGUGGGUGCUGCCGGUCACAUGUCUACCCCAGGUGCAAGUGCUGUGAGCCAUGUGGCGUGAAUGAGUACUACUACAAGAAGAAAUAUGAAACUGUUGUGGAGCCCACUAGGAGCUUAAAAUACGUGUCCUUUGUGGAUGAACCUUACAUUAGGAUGGUGAACCAGCAGCUACUUGGGAAAAGUCUGCAAACUUUCAAGGGGGAAGAAGUUCCAAGACCCCCGAUGGACUUCAGAGACCUGUUCAAGCUGCCACUGUCUUUACCUGAGCCAUCUCCAACUCUGGGGCAAGAGACAGAAAUGCAGCCGUUGUGUGAAGCGACAACUCCUAAACCCCAGGACAGCCCGCGCUGGUGCCAGUGCGGACACUGCUUCCCAUCCGAGCUCAACUCAACUUCCAGAUGCCUGGAAGAGCUGUGCUGCCGGCAAAAGCCUGGUGCCUGCAUCACCACCUCAGACCUGUUCCGGAAGCUUGUCCUGUCCAGACACACCCUGCAGUUUGUUCUGUUCUACCAGGAGCCCUUGCUGGAGCUGGACCCGGAGUCCACCAAUAGCCGGCUGCGGCACUGUGCCUACCAGAGUUAUACCACCUGGCGCUUCGGCCCCCAGGACAUAGCUGACUACGCCAUCCUGCCCAGCUGCUGCCGCUGGAGGAUCCGGAAAGAGUUCCCCAAGAGCAAAGGUCAAUACAGUGGCUUCAAGCAUCCUUACUGAUGACACAGGGCACCUUCACGACACCUCUCAUUAUACCUUGAGUUUAUCCUUCAAAGAUUGGUGGAGGCUCUUUCAGCCCAAGAAAAAUGUGCUUUCUCAGUUUACAGCUUUAGAAAUGUCCAAGAGCACAGUGGCCUGGGAGCCACGAGCUUCAGAUUUUUAUUUCAGGCUGAAUUCUACUGAUCCAGAGUUAUGUGAUCUUCGGCCUGUAUCCACUGUGUCUCCUCACGACCCCACCAACUCUGGCACAGAGCUAUCUUGCAGACAAACAGAGACACCCAUUCCUACACGAACUCUCCUAUCAAUGUCGAAAGUGAGGCUUAGACCUGGUUGCUCCAGUUCCACUCCCUACAGAGUAUUUGUAUUCCCACCCCAGCCGUACUGAAUCGGGACCUACAUCUUAACAGGAUCCCCAAGUGAUUCUAAUAGGCCUUGUUAAAAGGCAGAUUCUGAUUCUGUGUAUCUGGGGAAGAAAUGCAAAUUCUUAGCAGAGGAUGGCACCACAGAAUGAACAGUUGUAUGAAUGCAGACAGUCCCACGAGGCGGCCAGGCUAGCACAGUCGUCAACUCAGAACAACCCCCGGGGUCCUGUUUGGCGGACCUGGAGGAUUCAAUAUGGUCACAGGUCUUUGCCGCUCAUUCCUUGAGACUUGAACUCUCUGCCUCCUCCUCUUGGAUCUGGGCAGGCUCUGACUGCUUUACCCAGUAGUGAAAGUGAUGCUGUGACAGUUCCAGGGCGUUGGUCCUGGCAGCAGCUACUUCCUGUCCCUUGGAAGUCUUGCUGAGGGGGAAGCCAGUCACCAUGUAAGAAGCCUGGCUACCCGAGGCCACCCUGUUGUGAGGAAGUCCAAGUAGCCAUGUAAAAGAGAGAUGGCCAACUAGCCGCCAGCUGUCCAAAACCACUAAGCCCAUUCACCAGACACAGGAAGGAGAGGAGGGCUUUCAGAUGACUCCAGACUCCACCAGCAUGUGACUGCAAUUGCAUAAGAGAAACCUAUGUGAUAAUGCCCGGUCACUUUAAAUUGUGGAUGUAAGCACUAAGUUUGGGGUAGUUUGAUACCAGGGACAGAGAGCAAGUCUGAUGCUGGACACACAGGUUCAGUCCUGUGAAGUCUGUAGGGCCAUCUCUAGAAGCCCGCAGAAGUCCGGGUUUAUGGUCAGCUGUUCUAGAAGGACUACAGAUCAAAUUAUGUAACUCACCAGGCCAGCCCUGAAAUCCACCAAAUCUAACUAUUCAGCUGCUACACAGCACAGUAGCACACAUCAUGUUUCUAUGUCAGGGAGCGACUACUGAUGUCAGAACCUGGAAUGGGCCGCCUUUAAGCCUCGAACAUUGGGGACUGGUAGAAUUCUCACCUAUCAUGUAGAAGACUCAAGUUUGAUUCCCAGCCAAUAUACCUCAAGCAAAGAUACCACCUGUCUGUCCACAGAGGUUUGUGUGCGAUGUCCGUGGAGUGCCAGACUGGUUUCUGCGGAGCUCCCAGACUAAGAUGUACUAUGGAAAAAGGCCUUAUGACCUACUUCCCUAUGAAUCACAAUAGUCCAAUCUAUAAUUGAUUAUUCAAAUGGCACAGGGCCAGACAUUGAUCAUUUCUGUUGUGCAUGGAGCUUCUAAGAGUCUCUGGACUCGUGCCAAUCACCGCCCUGACUAAUAACAACACAUGCCUUUAACACCCUGUGCUGUGCAGUCAGUCAAAGUUGAUGCAGCCUGGAUGCUACUGAACAAGCAACCCACACUCUAGUCCUUACCAUUCCUAUCCACCAACUGAGAAGGCGGCAAAAAUGAGUAGCUGCAGGUUUUAAGAUCCUCCGGUAGAUUUCCUUGUUCAUAGCUUUGACACUAGAGUAGGCUAUCUAUCUAUUUCUAAACAGCCACCUUAAACUUAAUAAAGUUUAGAGACCAUUACUCAAUACUGUGAUUGACAAAGGACCUGUGAGGUUUUUAUUUUUGUUUUUUACAUAUACACUGAUUUACCAUCUUGAUAUCUUCUAAAACACUGGGAGUUUCUAUUUUAUUACCGGGACUAAGGUGUGGCUGACCCAAGCCAGGAUAUUUUCAAUCGCUUCCUAUGAGAA